AUGAAGGUACACAUGCACACAAAAUUUUGCAUCAUUUGUUUGCUGACAUUUAUCUUUCAUCAGUGCAAUCAUUGCCAUGAAGACGGACAUGACCACGGUCCUAAAAAGAAACGUGAACACUACCAUAAUGACUAUCAGAUCUCAAAUGAAUCCUACUUCCAGAAUGGAGGAACAGAAUCUAUGCCAAGUAAAUUUUCUACAUUGGAAGCUGAAAAUGAACAAAAAUACUACAUUGAAAAGAUUUUUGAUCGUUACGGUGAAAAUGGAAGAUUAUCUUUUUUUGGCCUGGAAAAACUGUUAAUAAGCCUUGGUUUAGGAGAGGUAAAAGUAGUGAUGAUAAAUCAUGAUGAUAUUGGCCAUGAUCAUGUCUCUCACUUAUAUGCUUUAGAAGUGCAGGAAGGAAAGCAUUCUCACUCUCACAACCAUCCUCAUAGCCACACAGAUUCAGAAAACCAAACCAUGACUGGUAUGUCUGCAAAGAGAAAUCAUAAAUGUGACCCUGAGAGAGAGGCAGUAGUACCAUCAGUAAAAGAUGAUGGCAAACACAUCCAUGACCAGAGUCGCCGUCACCAUCAUCAUCACCCUCAUCUACAUCAUCAUGACCAUAAUGGUACACAUCAUUCUCGUAAUGAUUCAGUUAGUCAUAGUGAACAUGGAGAACAGAACCAUGAACCUUCAACAGAGACAAACACAACUCAGGAUCAGCCAGAAAGAAACCAACGUAAACAGAAGAAGAAGAAGCAAAAGAAGAUCAGCGAGACUUCAGGAGAUCCCCCAGAUCAUGAUCCAGGUCAUCAGUAUGAGCACAAUCGUGUUCAUAAACAUGAUCAUGUACAUGAUGCAUCUCACUUGCAUGUACACCAUCACGAACACAGCAGUGAUCGUUCUACUAGUCAUGGACAUCAAGAUUCCAGUUCAGGUAAUGAGGACGGACACCACCAUACCAGCCAGCGAGAGGCAGCUCAUAAGCAGAUUACUGUAACAAAGCAUGUUAUUUUUUCAACGCGUAGUCAUAAGGAUCAUAGUGAAGAUGAACGUGAUCGUGAAGAGUGCUUAAAUGUUACCCAGCUGCUACGGUAUUAUGGUCUGGAAACCAGCUCUCCAAUAUCUCCUGAAUUGUUUAUAUACAUGUGUCCUGCUUUGCUGUACCAGAUUGAGAGAAGGCUUUGUAUUGUUCAUUAUGAUGAGCUUGAAGAUUUCAUGAAAAGUAAAAAUGCAUCAAUAGAGAAUAAGGAUAAAACAGGUGCAUCAGCCUGGUUUUGUGGUAUCAUCUCUAUCACCGUCAUUAGCCUGCUUUCCUUGCUGGGUGUGAUCUUGAUUCCCAUCAUUAACCAGUGGUGCUUCAAAUUUCUUCUAACUUUCUUGGUAGCUCUGGCUGUAGGAACAAUGAGCGGAGAUGCACUGCUCCAUCUCUUGCCACAUUCACAUGGAGGCCACGACCACAGCCACCACCAUGGCCAAGGUCAUGUUCAUGAACACAAGCGUUCUCAUCGGCAUGCCCAUGGACAUGGAGUACAGACUGAAGGCUUUCUAGAAGAAAAUGAUCCAGUGCUGAAAGGUCUUGUGGCACUUGGAGGCAUUUACGUUUUGUUCAUCAUUGAACAUUGUAUAAGAAUGUACAAGCAUUACAAUAGACAAAAGAGUAAGCAGAAAUGGUGCAAGAAAAAACAGACUGAAGAAUCACCAAUUGGAAGGAAACUUUCUGAUCACAAAUUAAAUAAUAGACCAGAUGCUGACUGGCUUCAGCUCAAACCCCUUGCAGGAGCAGACGACUCCGUUUUAUCUGAAGAUCGACUCAAUGAAACUGAACUAACUGACUUAGAUGGCCAGCUGGAAUCCCCUCCCAAAAACUUCUUGUCUGUAGAAGAGGACAACAAUAUGCACCAUCCUCACAAUGAUGUCUCACGUGCUGCUCAAGAACAUGAUCUUCAUGAUUCAGAGUAUGACAGCCAUGGCGAAGAUAAAAUGAUAGCUAGAAAACACAGUCACCACUGGCAUCACAAACAUUCCCAUCAUUCCCAUGGCCACUGUCAUUCUGGAAAAGACCUGAAACAUACUGGGAUAGCUAAUAUUGCUUGGAUGGUAAUUAUGGGAGAUGGCAUUCACAACUUUAGUGAUGGCUUAGCAAUCGGAGCAGCUUUUAGUGCUGGACUGACAGGAGGAAUUAGUACAUCUAUAGCAGUAUUUUGUCACGAGCUUCCUCAUGAAUUAGGUAACUAA